AUCCCCGGCUAGACUCGAUCAGAGGCGGCUUGUGAGAAGUUUAUCUACUGAAUACGGGGAAAUAUUUUCACCGAAUAGUGUCAAUCUAUAUUUCUAUAAGAAAUAUUUAACUUGAAUGCUGACACUAAUGUUUGACAAAACAAAUACUCUUUGAGGAACAAUUUGCAGACUCCCCCUACUCGGUGUUCCGGCUGCGUGGAAAUGAUGCGGACCCCGUAACUUCAACCAGAAGGUGCCUCCUAGCUGUAAGGAACAGGAGAGGAGUGUGAACUGGCUUGAAGUGUGUUUAAAUGAAGGUUGUCCGAUGAACAGUCAGCACAGUAAAUAUGUGUACAGCUGUGCAUGUGACGAUUAAUAAUCCGUUAUUAAUCCGUUCUUCACGUCUCGUUAGCUUUUUUCAUUGGUGAGCCCACUGUGACGCUCCUCUGAGACUCCUGGGAAUCCCUGGGACAUCAGACUCAACCAUGUCCAUGUUCAGCACAGGCAUCCUUGUGCUGACAUCUCCUCUGCAGACUCUCCCGUUACGCAUCGCUCCAGUGCUCAGCUCGGCCGCUCAGCUCGUAGACCGCACGCUGUACGUCCACCUCCAUCCCGGGCUUAACCUGACCAGUGGGACCCAACCUCGACCCGUUUUCAUUCCACCCGUAGUCGACCUGUCCACGCUCAUCACUCGACUCUACAACAACGCAGCGGAUGUAUGCGGCCACCUGGAUGUUCGGGUUUUGCUCACUAAUAUUCGCGCUCAGCCGGCUGCCAGCGGCGGAGCCACGACUCCAAACUGCCCCUUCCCCACACCGCAGCCUCUGUUUCACUCCCCAGACGUGGUGCUGACGGACUUUGCGCUGCAGGACCCGCAUCAGUCCCACCAGGUCCAGCAGUGUCUGGAGAAGUACACCGGUCACUGUUAUGUCUGUAGACCCGGUAUCUCAUCGGUGUUGCUUCAUCCGCAACUGGUGAAGCUGCAGGAGAACGAGGAAGCAGCAGAAAGUGACGAAGAACAAAAGGCCGAGCCCAUAGAAACCUACAGUGAUGUAGUGGUAGGAGGAACGUUCGACCGCCUGCAUGGAGCCCACAAGACGCUGCUCAGCAUCUCAUGUCUCCUGGCCAACAGAAGGUUUGUCAUUGGUGUGUGCGACCAAGCAAUGCUUAAAAAAAAAGUUCUAAAGGAGCUGAUUGAGCCGUACUCAGUGCGAGUGCAGAGACUCCAGGAGUUUCUGCAGGACACCAAACCGUCCCUGCAGGUUGAGAUGGUCCCACUUGAAGACCCCUUCGGCGUGUCCAUCGUGGACCCUCAGCUGAAGUGCAUCGUGGUCAGCGAGGAAACGAGAAAGGGCGGCGAGGCUGUCAACGCAAAACGCGCUGAGAACGACCUUCCACCUCUUGUCCUUUAUGAGAUCCAGCUGCUUAAGGACGCGCACCGCAACGAAAUUGAGGAGGAGAAGAUCAGCUCGUCCAGUCUACGCUCUCGUCUACUUGGCACCCUCCUUAUCCCGCCUAAAGGUUCGCCCCACCUCCCUCCUACCCCCUAUGUGAUUGGUCUGACGGGAAGCAGCGGCAGCGGAAAGAGCUCCGUGGCCACACAGCUGGAGGUUCUUGGCGCGGUUCGGAUCGAGUGUGAUAAGCUGGGUCAUGAGGUGUACCAGCCCGGUGCACAAUGCUAUCAGAAAGUACUCCAAGUUUUUGGAUCAGAGAUUCUGAAUGAAGAUAAAACCAUCAACCGGCGAGCUUUAGCAUCAAAAGUCUUCGGGAACCAGGCGCGGUUAAAAUGUCUGACAGACAUUGUGUGGCCUGAGAUUGCUAUUCUGGUCAAGCAAGCAAUAAACCAAGCCAGGACAGAAGGUAAGGAGGUUUGUGUGGUGGAUGCAGCUGUUCUUCUGGAGGCUGGCUGGACAGACUUGGUCCACGAGGUUUGGGUCCUUAUCAUUCCUGAGGAGGAGGCUGUGACAAGAAUAACCAAACGGGACAGAGUCAGCAGAGAAGAUGCCCUGCGCAGGCUGCAGAGUCAGUGGCCAAGCAGCAAACAGGUCAAGCAUGCUAACGUAGUGCUGAGCACUCUGUGGGAGUCAGAGGUCACCCAGAAACAGGUACUAAAAGCUUGGAAUCUCCUUCAGAAGAGAAUCCUGAAGACAGAGGGAUGAUAGAAAAAUAUCUCUGGAUUACAUCAGCUUUGACUUGUGGAGAGAAAACGCAGAAGGAAGUGUGUGUGUGCGCCAAUGACCAAUCCACUGGAGGAAACACUGCCUUAAACAAAACGCGAGGACAGUCAUCAUGCACCUCGAGCUAACCAAGCAGGCUCCUUCACUUUAUUCAAGAACUCAGUGCCUGGGCCUCUGCAGAGGUUUUUAAAAGUGUCAUUUUAUGUCCAAGAUGCAAUUUAAGGAUGGAUGAGAGAAAGUCAACUUGGAAGCGAAGAUAAUUUUGAUUUUAAAUGAGUAACCAGAGAGUUGUCUUUAAAUGACCAGUGAACGUUACAUAUUUCAACAUGUGUUCUUGGCUGUGUCUCAUGUUGAUACUAUAAAUUACUAAGGUAUUAUAGUUCAGAAAUAUGUGGAUUCUAAUUUGUAAAUAAAUCCUUAUUUCAUAAAUAGGCAUUACUUAAAGUCUCUGAACUUUGUGAUUAGUUUCCAGAAAGGAGAAAUUGAUUAAAAAAAAAAAAGAAGAAGUUUGGGGCAGAUUCUGAGAUC